AUGUUAAAGAGGCAAAUUCGAAUAAUAAAUAUUAGAGCAAAUCGAGAUAAGCCCGGUCUUAAACCACAACAUGUAUGCGGCCUUCAACUAUUGAGCGACAUUUUUCAAUCAGAAUUGCAGGGCGAUAAGAUUGGAUCUAAAGAAAUUUUAUUUUAUCCAAAUCAUGAAAUUAAAGAAGAAUUGAAGACCUUCAUAGCAGAUACCAAGACUGCAGGGAGUAUUUCGUUAUUGAUACAAAUCUCUUUACCACCGCUUCUGUUUUCCGCGUCACCACCUAAAUCUUACCUAGCACUUCCACCACGAGCAAGAAAAGUUAUUCUCAAAGGUGGAACUGCAGUUUUCAGACCUAUUGUACUACGCGAGUUUGACAUUAAUUUUGAUGUUAACAUUACAAGACGUGGAUAUUGGCCUCAAGGUGGAGGAGACGUUAUGUUGCGAGUAGAUCCAAUAGUUGGAAGAGCUUUAAAUCCGUUAAAGAUAAUAGAUCGUGGUACAUUUAUAAGUAUUAAAGGUCGAGUGAAUCUUGUUAAUAUGGCAAAACAGGUUGCAGAUAAAAUGAUUUCAGGUGCAAUACAAACAAUUUCUAGUGCAAUGUUGACCGAAAUUAAUAAAAUAAAACCUAAAAUAGAAGUUAAUAUUGAGAAAAACGUUAUAAAAGGAUCAGAUAUACUAUUAUGGGCAGAGACAAGCACUGGAUGUAUAAUAAGUGGCCACGCGAUUUCUAAAAAAAAAGAUGUUGGAAAAUUAGCUGCAAACGAACUUUUGAAUAAUAUUAGACACGGUGGAUGUGUAGAUGAAUAUCUCCAAGAUCAAUUGAUAAUAUUUAUGUCACUUGCUGAAGGAAAAUCUCAAUUGGUCACUGGUCCUAUAACCAUGCAUACUAUUACUGCAAUACAUUUUGUGGAGAAAAUGUCAGGAAUAAAAUUUCAAAUUUCCAAAUUUUCAUCUGAAUCACAACAAUAUUUGCCAAUAGAAAAACUAGAUUAUAUUUCAAUUAUUUCAAUUAAAUAUUAG